AUGGAUAUGGUUACCCUCAAGUACGCUAAAGAAGUGAUGCAAGCUGUUAGUCAGGCAGAGGGACGUCUGAUGUUUUGCAUCUUGAGAGCCCCAGUCAGGGAGGUACGUACUGUACUAGUCACAUGAUUGGCUCUAGCCCAAUAAAAAUCGUUUAGCUAAUAGAUAAACGAUUCUCAUUGGCCGAGAGCCCCCUUUAAAUAACUGCUUGCAAAUGUUACUCUGCUCAUGCGUAGAUGUAUACUUUCUCCUCGGUCACAGUGGCAGACGAACAUGGACUUGACUGAUCAACCCGCCAUGUGAUCGUACUACUCUGGUAUUCAAUGCUCCGAAAAAGCCGCUGAAGGCAAUAACUGUGAAGAAAAAUUUAGCUGUAUAGCAAUGAAAUAUAUUUUUCUAAAUUACAAGGGACGAUUCGCAACGACGAUUUUUAGCGCAACGCAGGGUUCAAAUGUUGGAACAAUAUUGCAGCCAUUCUAAACAAUGUAACAACAAUGUUGUAACGCUGUGCUGUGCUAAAAAUCGUAGUUGCGAAUUGUCCCUUGUAACAUCACCUUCAGGAUUCAUAAAAUUUUGCUCCUUUAUUUUAGUUUAAACUUUAUGUAGAUGUCUUCUCCAUUUUAGCGGAGAGUAAGCAAAGCCUUUUCAUUGUACUGUGACGAUGAAAAUACUGGGAAGCAUGAAGUGGUUUUCACUAAAGAACAUUUAGAAGGUGAGUGUGACUAUAGGCUUUGUCCUUUCCGGUCAAGGGUGUUAGGAAAGGUCAGUUAUAUUCUUGGGGGUUCUGAACAAAAUUAAGGUACCCCUUUCGUAUGUACCUUUUAUUGAAAAAUGGUGCCCCUUUCAAAUAUUAGAGAGCCUUAGAUCUGAGUACGAGAACCAACUUAAAGUUUUUGCGCGUCUUCUAAAAAAAGGGCAGCCCGGAAAGUUUCAUUUUACUUUUUUUUUCACUAAAAAAGUGAGUACGGUUAUUUAUGCUUCAAGGAGGUUAAGCCCUCUCCCGAUAGCAAAAUGAUAAAACUUCGUACAUUUGAUAUCUUGUUCCCGCCACUACCACAUUUUCGCUAAAAGUCGUAGUAGAAUGACGACGGCCAUCACGUUUUCCCGCCAAAGUGACGCUGAUUCAAGCGUGAGCAAUUCUCAGUAUUGAGAAAAUCUCGUACUCGCGAGAGUCGUCCUCGUCUCAGAAUCUAAAGCUCUCUAUCAGUUUACGACGCUAUAUCACAUUCAACUGCUGUUAUUAUUUAUUCAAAAUACUUCCCCGAUUCUUAUUGGCUCUGAGCACACGCAAAAUUCACCAUAACCAGCUACUGAUGACCAAAUUUGGAAGAAUUUUGCAAUUAAUCAACCAAUGACGUCAAAAGUGCAGCAGGUUAAUGCACCGUUAACCUGGAAGACCUAGGGACAAGGUUGAGUUGUUUUGGUUGUGAAAACAAAACUGACGGACAUUUCACUCGUUUCAAGAGUAAGAACUGGGCGAAAUAAUAGCCAAAAAGUAACAUGGUAAGAACAGCAAGAACACAACUCGAAGGGCGACAUCUGCUAUUUGGAGAAUAUUUGCGGAGCGAAACGACCCCAAACGUGAACUAUCGAAGAUGAACUUAACAUCGAUGGAGGUAAGCAUGUUUUAGCUAUGUUUUUUAACUAGGAAUUAUUUUGAAUGAAUAAUAAAACAAUUAUUGAAUUCGGCGUUCGUAUCAUAUGAAGAAUUAUGGAGAUCUCGGAGGGUGUUAACCGCCUUGGCCCUUCCUCGAUCUCCAUAAUUCUUCAUAAGGUACUCAGCCUCAUUCAUUAAUUGUUAAUUAAUGCACCGUCUUCAAAACAUGAAUAGAUCGUCUAAAUCAGUAAACCAGAAAGUUUUCUUGUCUUUUUCAUAGCAAUUAAAUGAACCUGUUGGCCCUUUUAGUUCAUUUCACAGACCGCAAUGACAGAUGACCGAUCUCCCAACCCUUUCAUAUACUUCAACCAGUGACAUCCCUACUCUUUCAUAUACCCUAAAAUUCCGAAAAUAAGCCCCUCCAUGUAUAAGCCCCUCCAAAUACAAGCCCUCCAGACUCCUAACGCAAAAAAAAACCUGCGUUAAAUCGCCCCUCCAAAUAUAAGCCCCCCGGGGGGCUUGUCCUUGGAAAUCGCCCUCAAAUACAAAGUAAAACAAAGAAAAACGAUAAAUUUCCUUCCAAGAAUAAGGCUAGCCCAAUCAAUUUUUAAACGUAAAUUUCCCUCCAUACAUAAGCCUCUCCAGAAAUAAGCCCCUCAAAAAGGGCCUUUGAAAAAUAUAAGCCCCGGGGCUUAUUUUCGGAAUUUUACGGUACCUAAGCCUGAAAAAGGUACCCCUCUUGGGCGGAGACUCCCCCUACAGGCCAUUAAUGGGAGGAAAUCCUCCCUCCGGUGUCUUAUUUUAGUCUGCCAAGUAGCCCUCAACUGUUCGGCUUUGUGUCACGUGGUGAGAACGCUCCUUGCAUACAGACGGAAAGUCGCUGAUUUCACCAACAGCAGUUAAGCACAGCAGCUGGCAGCCCAGGAGAUUAGUUUAUAAGUUAUGGAACAAAUAACCUUAACCUCCUAACCAUGAUAAAAAGUAAAGGUCUUACUUAAAUUACUGGUACAUAAUUGGGUAGUGGCAAAAUUUUUAGACCCUGCGAUCAUUGAUUUGGUGAGUCAGUCGCUAAGCAUGUGCGUAUGUGCUAAAAAAGGUGCUAAUUACGAAUAAUAUUGUCUAAAAAUUAGUAUAGUUCAGUCAAGAUUAACUGUGAACACCUAAGAUAUUAAUUUUUUUAGAAUGUUCGUCAUGUUGUGGUCAAUUACUUGUUUUACUUUUCUAAUUACUUCCUCAGUUAAAACGUCCACUCAUAGUGAAAUUAUGCGCUAUUAGCUCUGAGCUACAUUAAGAAAUUGAUCUGAUCAUGAAAUGAGAAAAAAAUUACUCUACCCUUAACCAGGCCACAUAACGCAGAAAAGUACAAUUAAAGUUGAUAUUGUACUUCUUCUCCUCUAGUGUUCGAAGAAGCGUUCUCCAUAUACGACAACCUAGGAACUGGAAAGAUACCACUGUCAAGCUUCUUUCCGCUGCUCCGAAGCUUGGGCUACAACAUUCACAAAGAAGAAGCCUUUACAUACAUGAACGAACUUGAUUUAGCAGGUAUAUAUCAUAUAUCGACACGUGACAGAAAAACUACAUCGGCUAAGUUCCAGGUUUUAGCUCAACUGUUAAACAAAAGAAACUAGGCCAGAGUAUAAAAGUUACUUCGAACGAUUCAAUCAAUUGUAUUUAUAUUAGUUUCAUUUUCUAGUGAAUAUACCUUUUUACCGAUAAGGGGGCAUGAGAACAUUUCGUUUGUAUUUUCGAGCGCUUUUCGGGACUUUUUUUCUUAAAGUUUUCUUAGAAUAAGAUUUUAAUGGGAGAAAAGAUCCUUGUGCCGUGUUUUGAAGUAAUAAUGAUCGCCUUUUUCUAGUUUAGUAUUAGAAAUAAAGUCUUUCACUGUAUAUUUCUCGGGAAAAAAGGUUAUCACUAUUACCUCAAAACACGGCACAGGGAUCUUUUGUCCCAUUACAAUCUUAUUCUAAAAAGACUUUAAGAUAAAAUGUACCGAAAAGCGCUCGAAAAUACAAACGAAAUGUGCUCAUGCCCCAUGGGCAUGCUAUAAUACUCCUUACAUCGAAUUUAUUCAAUAUGGCCACCGUAUCGAUAAAAAGGUCUAUUAAUCGCGUUUGAAUAGGCCAUUUCCGAGUUCCAAAAACUCUCAAUUUGAAAACGAGGCUAAGUUGAAACCUCUCUUGUGAGAUGAGUUUCAUUUACAUGAGAAUAAAUAUAUCCAACUAGUGGUCUAUUGUAAAUGCUGCGUUCUGAUUGGUUGAGCUACUACUAAGCUAUAUGUUAUAGCCCACUAGUAGCGAAAAGCGCGCGCUUUUUGGCGGCAAAAAAGGAUUAAAGUCUAGCUUUAACUGGCUAAAAGUUUUUUAUUCUCGAUAUUUUUGACCAACUAGUUGGAUUUUACUGAAACAAUUAUUCCUCUCGCCCUCAUGGCAUCUGAGUCAAUAACCCAUUCGGCCUUCGGCCUCACAGGCUAUUGACUCAGAGCCCUUUCGGGCUCGAGGAAUAAUUGUUAAGUAUUUUCAUAUUAAUGAUUUCGCGCUUGGCCUCACUUUGAAGCAGAGGCUUUGGGCAACUCGUAGAUGGAAUAUUCUUAUUUAAAAGUUUCUGAAGAAUAUAAAAUGUUUGCAAAAUUCCGACUUUCUGAGUUAUUUCUCUUUUUUCUUGAUCCUCCUAGAUAAACAAAAGAUCACCUUUAACGAACUGAUUAGGUUCCUGGAGCACAUUGUGGCGGAGCAAACUUCAAAGUCUGAAGUACGCUGCGUUUAUAACGUCUUUGACCCCGAGAAGAAAGGUCAAGUGCCGAUCAUCGAGUUGUAUGAAGCACUAGAAAGGAUGUAUGGACACAAUAUCACUGUGGAUGAAAUAGAAACGAUUCUUUCUAUGGGAGAUGGAGACAAAGAUGGCUGUCUUAACGAAGAAGGUAUAGUUACUAUUGGAAAUUUCAAUAUCGAUAUCAGUGUUUACGCUAGCAGCCAUUCAUCUUUGGCAAGACGCAAGACUACCUCCAUUUUGAACUAACAGCCACUUAUUAUAAAAAAUUAGUUAAAAUUUGUUCGUUUAGGAAUUGAAGAGUUGAAUUUUCGAAAGUCAAGUCCGGAUUUUCGAAUGAAACGAAAGUCGAAGCGAAGGAUUUUGCCAAACAGAACUACUUCUGUGGUUUUAAAUAAACAGAUCCUAACCAAAAAAGGACAAAGAUAAUCCAAUGCCAUAUAUCGUAAAAAAAUAAAACUACCACAUAAUAUACAAAAACAUUUCAAUUAUAUAUUUUUUGUUCUUUCCCAGAUUUUGAAAGGCUACUUCUUCCGUCGCUGAUACUUUACUAG